AUGAACACGAACGAUGCCAAGGAAUAUCUCUCGAAACGACAGAUUCCGCAGCUUUUUGAGAGCAUGCUCACUGGACUGAUGUAUCAUCGGCCAGAGGAUCCUUUAGGGUUCCUGGAGAACUGCCUGCAGAAAGCACGAGAACUAGGAGGUCCUGAGAGUGUGGCGUGGGACACUUUCAUCACCCCAGACCGACGGCCUCUGCCUCCAAUUACUGCCCCACAGGGGAAGAAAGCACCCUCUAAACUGGAAGGUGGGCCCGGUCCCGGUCCAGGACCUUACCGCCGAUAUGAGAGACUUCCUCCAAUCCAGGCUCAGUUCUCCAUUGAGAGCGACUCGGAUAUGACGGAAUCAUCCGGCCUCAUACAGGAAUAUGACGUGUUUGACCCUUCAAAACCCCGGCCACAUAUCAUAUUCAUCAUAGGAGGACCAGGAAGUGGGAAAGGUACUCAAACUGCAAAGAUAGCGAGUCAUUAUGACUAUGAGUGUGUGUCUGUCGGGGAGAUUUUACGGAACCAGCUCCUGCACCAUGCCCCCACUGACAGAAAAUGGGAGCUUAUCGCUCAGAUUAUUGCAAAUGGAGAGCUUGCACCUCAGGAGACAACAAUAGAGGAACUGAAACACCAGUUUAUCAAGAGACAAGACGCCAAAGGCUUCAUUGUUGACGGAUUCCCGAGGGAAAUAUCACAGGCUUUCACCUUCGAGGAACAAAUUGGUUCUCCUGACCUGGUGAUUUUGCUUGCCUGCUCCAAUCAGCAGCUUCGCCAGCGUCUGGAGAAACGUGCUGCCCAGCAAGGUCGUCCAGACGACAAUGCCCACGCCAUCGAGAAGCGACUAGACACCUUUAAACACAACAUCACACUGAUCGCCAAAUAUUAUCAAGAGAGAGGAAUUAUCGUCAGGAUUGACGCGGAUCGGGAAGAGGAUGACAUUUUUGCUGACAUAUGUGCCGUGGUGAAAGACAGACUGUUCCCGACAGAGACGAAGGCAGAGGAUUUGUCAUGA